AUGAACUAUCAAGGAGGAUUUUAAGCACAGGGUAAAACCUCUGCCGAUGCUCCAACCUGUCAAACACACCACUCCGUAGCUGCAACAGCAAGAAGGCCAGGCAAGGGUGAGGUCAGAAAAGACGUUUACGACACCAAGAGGAGAUGAAUUCUAUCAUUUCUAGUUGACAGAAGAGCAAAGAGUCAAUAGGAAAAGGAAAUAUAUUUUGGAUUAAAUCCAUCUGGAUUUAAUUUAUCACCAUUACAUCCUCACUUGCCUCUCUUCAAGACCAGUAACCAAGAUCCAGGUGCAGCCAUGGAUAUAGGUGGUUUGGAGACAGUGGUGGCAAACUCUGCUUAUGUGUCGGCCCGUGGCAGCGUGGAUGGAGCUGCAGCGGCUUCCAUGCGCGACAAGAAGAUGCGUGCCAGGCUGAAACUCCCACACAUCAGAGAUUGUGAUCACAUGAAAACAACUGUAGACUCAGCCUUCGACAGCAUGUGUAUCAAACAGCCUAUCGGCAAACGCCUGUUCCAGCAGUACAUAGACACCGAGGCCGCCCAUAAAAAUACUGGACAGCUGUGGAAAGACAUUGAAGACUACAACAUAGCCCAAGAGAAGGACAGAGUGCAGAAGGCCCAGAAAAUAGUCAAUAAAUACUAUGAGUCAUCAUCAAAAACCUUUUGCAGCUUCUUGGAGGAGAAGGCGGUCACUCGAGUUAAGGAAGACUUCAAGAAUGUGCGCAGUGACCUGUUUAAAGAGAGUGAAAAGCAGCUGUUAAAACACCUGGAGAAGACAGCUCUCAGCGGCUUCAAGAACAGCAUGUACUUCCUGCGUUACGUGCAGUUCAAGUGGUUGGAGAGCCAGCCUGUUGAUGAGGAGUGGUUCAUGGACUUCAGGGUCUUGGGUAAAGGAGGUUUCGGGGAAGUGUUCGCCUGUCAGGCAAAGGCCACCGGCAAAAUGUACGCCAAUAAAAAGCUGGAGAAAAAGAGGCUGAAGAAACGCAAAGGCUAUGACGGAGCAAUUAUAGAGAAGCGGAUCCUUGCGAAAGUUCACAGUCGCUUCAUCGUGAGUCUGGCAUACGCCUUCCAGACCAAGACGGACCUCUGCUUAGUCAUGACCAUCAUGAAUGGAGGAGACCUCAGGUAUCACAUGUACAAUGUGGAUGAAAAAAAUCCUGGUUUCAAUGAGAAAAGAGCAUGUUUCUAUACAGCCCAGGUCAUCUGUGGGCUGGAACACCUGCACCAGCACAGGAUCAUCUACAGAGACCUGAAACCAGAAAACGUGCUGCUGGAUGACGCAGGACAUGUCCGUCUGUCAGAUUUGGGUCUGGCUGUUGAACUUCCUCCAGGAAAAGAUAAAACCAGUGGAUAUGCUGGAACUCCUGGUUUCAUGGCUCCAGAGCUGCUCCAGAAGAAGGAAUAUGACUACACAGUGGAUUAUUUUACACUGGGAGUCACUUUGUAUGAGAUGAUCGCAGCCAAGGGACCCUUCAGAGUACGAGGAGAGAAGGUUGAGAAUGAGGAGGUGGCUCGCAGAAUCAUCAAUGAUCCAGUUUCAUAUACACCAGCAUUUAGCAAAGAAUGCAAAGAUAUUUGUGAAGGUCUGAUGUUGAAGGAUCCACUGAAACGUCUGGGGUUCAAAGAUAAUGAAUGCACUGAGCUCAAGAAUCAGCCCUUUUUCAAAGAUAUUAACUGGGGUCGUCUGGAAGCAGGCAUGUUACCGCCACCAUUUGUUCCUGAUCCAAGGAUGGUCUACGCCAAAAAUAUUGAUGAUGUUGGCGCCUUCAGCGAAAUCAAAGGCAUCGUCUUUGAUAACAAAGACACAGAGUUCUUCGCUGACUUUGCUUCUGGCAACGUCCCAAUCCCCUGGCAGGAGGAGAUGAUUGAGACCGGCGUGUUUGGAGAGCUGAACAUCUGGGGAGAGAACGGCAAGCUGCCCAACGACCUCGACCCCAACUACGUCGAAGCCAAAGGUGGAGGAUGUGUGCUGCUUUGAGCCAAAAUAGAGCAGCAGGAAAAAAAGAGAGAAAAGUUUUAAUGAAUAUUGACCAAUAAGAUUAAUGACAUUAAACUCAUUUAGGUUUUGUCUUUGCUCAUUUGGUGCCACUUAUUACUCAUCUUCAAAUAUGUAAACCGUUCUAUAAUAUUAUUUUUCUGUUGUAUAAAAUUGGACAUUAUAACAUAGUAAUUUACAAAUGAUCAUGUUAAUAUACUAUUGUAGAAAUACACAAUGUUACUGUAAAAGUGGAUGCAUGAUGUCAUAUUUCAUAGGUGAAACAUUAUGCAACAAAUAUGUAAAUACUAUUGCACAAAUAACUGGUGAAAAUGAUUAAAUGUGUAUAUUUUUGUUCAGUACAAAAUUUAAUAUAUUAAAUAAUUUUGUAUAGAAAUCACA